CGACAUUUGUCUUCUUUCUGUCUUGAUGAAAUAGCUAGAGUGUGUUCAACAUCUGUUACUGGUUGGAUCUGUAGAGUAAUGAAAUCACACGUGCAGAUAAAAAACGAUUUCUUCUUGUUUUUUUCGAUAUGUGGAUCCUCCUCCCACCUCCGACCGAUUUAUUCGUCCCAGUUUCCUCUCAGUCAAGAUGAAUACCAAGGUUGCCGUGGAAGUGCGAUCACCUAUCGUGGGUAUCCGUGUGCGUUGUGGACAAUUUUUCAUUCACUAACAGUCAGUCAGUGCGAGCGUCAAGACAAACAUCCCGGCCCCGAUAGGCUAGGCGUAGUUUUGGACCGGACGGCAGCAGAGCUAUCUGCCGCCAAAGAAAGAAACCCUUGUAGUGUCAUGACCUUUAACUGUCCCUGUACCGGACUGUCGUCCAACGGUUGA